AUGAAGGAUGAAGUUGACAAUAGAUCCACCUGGGGAAGCUGUAUUAGUGCAGUGCUAAGAGUCAAUAUUGACUUGAAGCUAGUAUGGAAUGACAACACAAACUUCCUAGACAGCAGGCCCUUGAGGAAUUCUGGGAAAGGAAACAUCGAUGCUAGGAAAGAAGACGGGGGGAGCACAGCAGCUGCGCCUACCCAGAAGAAGCUGUGGUGUCACUGUCAUCACUAUUGUCCCGAAAAUUCAAAAAACAACACCUGCAGCACGGAUGGCUAUUGUUUUGCGAUGGUGGAAGAUGAAGAUACUGGAGGACAGACUUUUACUACAGGCUGCAUAGGUUUAGAAGGUUCUGACUUCCAAUGCCGAGACACUCCAUUGUCUCAACCAAGAAGAUUAAUUGCAUGCUGCACAGAUCAGGAUUUCUGUAAUAAAGAUCUUCACCCUACUCUGCCACCAUUAGAACAUCCAGCUUUUUCAAAGGGAAAUGUCCACCAGAAGGCUCUGCUAAUUUCAGUGAUUGUCUGUAGCAUACUCUUAGUGUGCAUCAUCAUAUUCUGUUACUUCAGGUAUAAAAGGCUAGAAAGGAGACGGCGACCUCCUCAUUACAGCAUUGGACUUGAACAAGAUGAGACUUAUAUUCCACCAGGAGAAUCCUUGAAAGACCUCAUUGAGCAGUCACAGAGCUCAGGAAGUGGUUCAGGGCUCCCUCUAUUGGUACAGAGGACUAUAGCAAAACAGAUUCAGAUGGUGAAGCAGAUUGGCAAAGGUCGCUAUGGGGAGGUUUGGAUGGGAAAGUGGCGAGGAGAAAAAGUGGCUGUCAAAGUUUUCUUCACCACCGAAGAAGCCAGCUGGUUUCGAGAGACAGAAAUCUAUCAGACUGUUCUGAUGAGGCAUGAAAAUAUUUUGGGAUUCAUUGCUGCAGAUAUUAAAGGAACCGGAUCUUGGACACAGCUUUAUCUUAUCACCGAUUAUCAUGAAAACGGAUCUCUGUAUGAUUACCUAAAAUCUACUACCUUGGAUACAAAAGCAAUGCUGAAAUUGGCAUAUUCCUCUAUCAGUGGACUGUGCCACUUGCAUACUGAGAUCUUCAGCACCCAAGGCAAACCAGCAAUUGCUCAUCGGGACCUCAAAAGUAAAAACAUUCUGGUGAAGAAAAAUGGAACUUGCUGUGUAGCAGAUCUUGGUCUGGCGGUUAAAUUCAUUAGUGAUACAAAUGAAGUGGAUAUCCCACCAAACACCAGAGUGGGAACCAAACGUUACAUGCCCCCAGAAGUGCUGGAUGAAAGCUUGAAUCGAAAUCACUUUCAGUCAUAUAUUAUGGCUGAUAUGUACAGCUUUGGACUCAUCCUUUGGGAAAUAGCAAGGAGAUGUGUUUCCGGAGGUAUUUUUGAGGAAUAUCAGCUUCCUUAUCAUGACCUUGUUUCCAGUGACCCUUCAUAUGAAGACAUGAGAGAAAUAGUAUGUAUCAAGAGAUUACGCCCUUCAUUUCCCAAUAGAUGGAGCAGUGAUGAGUGCCUACGACAAAUGAGAAAAUUAAUGACUGAAUGCUGGGCUCACAACCCGGCUUCUCGGCUGACAGCCCUGCGAGUAAAGAAAACACUUGCCAAAAUGUCAGAGUCACAGGACAUUAAGCUUUGAUUCAGCUAACAAAAGCUA